AUGGCCAUUCUUCGCAAUGUUGUUAUUUGCUAUGAUGGCACCGUCAGAAAUGUCUGUAGCAACUCAAUAAUCCAAUUUGAGUAUGAAGUCAAUACUGGAUCUAGGCACCAGCAUUUAUUCCCUGCUGGUGAACCUGUUGGUGUGUUAGCUGCAACUGCAAUGUCAAAUCCUGCUUAUAAGGCAGUUCUGGAUUCUACCCCAAGCAGCAAUUCUUCAUGGGAGCUGAUGAAGUGCAUACAUAAAGGCUUGUUGAUGCUCUUUUUGGGAGGUCAACUUAGAGAGAAGUGGAUAGUCUUCAGCGGGGGAGAAGCCGAAGGCUCUCCGAUGCUUAAGUCAGCUAUGAGUGGUAAAUUUGGCAGAGUAACAGUAAAGCUGGGUACCUGGGCGUUGGGCAAGGAGAAGCUAGGUGACCCUUUGGGUUUAUGGUGUGAGCAAAACUCUCCAGCAGGCCCCCCUGCUUCAGCUGGGCUCUUGCCGUUCGGCAAGGUACAAGGAAGGGCCCUUUUGGGACGAUUUGCACGCUUCGAGAGUUACCUCCAUGAUUCCUCGCAUUGGCAAGGCUCCGUGACCUCUUGUCUCGGCAAGGCUGAGUAUCGGCCAGGGUUUGUAACUUCGGUGUGGGUGGAUCUUGCAAUCACGCUUCGGUGUCGGCAGGGUCAAAAGAGGUUGACAUCAUUUGUCAUUUUGGCAAGGAUUUGGGUCCUUGGGUCUGUGCAAUCGACUUUAGUCAGCUCGUUAGCCCCCUUCGGCAAGUGUCCUCGUGAGUGCGUUUACUGUGCUCAACCUUCGCUGUUCGGCAAGGGUAGAUUGAAAGGUGGAGGUCUUGGAGGAGGGUUCGGCAAGGUUCUAAACAAUAGGAGAUUGGAGGCCGGGCUCCUAAAUUGGAGCUGGGGUUUAGCUUUGGUACCCAAGCUGCGGCAUCCUUCUUCGCGUGCCGUUCGGAAAGUGUCUCAGGAGAGAGAGGUGAGGCCUUGUGGCCUUGGCAUAGCUGUAAUUUGGACUAUAGGAUUUUUCGUGAGCCUCGUAUCUUCAGCACAUCCCUUGCCGUUCGGCAAAGGUGGUCAGGUCUUUGGUGUCAGGCCAUUGGGCUUUGGAAGAGUAGAGAUUCGGCAAUUGAGUGGAGCUGGGCUCUUGGAUUUUGGUCAAGAGCUUCGGCAAGUAGAUCGAGUUCUACUCGGUAAGACUUUGCGAGGCCCCCCAGUUGCUUCUCCACGGUGCCUGCCGUUCAACAAGGCCUUUUCCAUUCCUUUCUCUAUGUCUAAAAGUUCUGGUAGAGAAAGUCAUGACCUCCUUGCCUUUGGUGAGGAAGAUACUGAAAGUGAGGAGGCCAGCCUAUAUGUUUGUUCCGAAGAUGAGAGUUCCGAGACAGAGGGUGUGGUAGAGGGUGUUAUAGAAAGUAGGAUGAUAGUGCAUGAGGGUGAGGGGGGUGAGCCAUUAGUAGACUUUGGGUCAGCUGCAUAUAAGAAGAUGCAAAGGAAUUACAAAGUGUUAGAGCCUAUAGCUGAUUGA